UUUUAUGUUUCAUCACUGACACUGACGUUUUAUGGUGGAAAUUAUUUGAACUCUUUCUGGUAAGAUCCGAUUAUCGAUUGAAUAAGUUUUUAUAAUGUCAUUAACUUAAGUUAAAGUUAUUAUUUUGUAUUGCAGUUUAAAAAACUACAAAAAUGUCUUUGGCUGACGAACUGUUGGCAGAUCUUGAAGACGAUGACCAUGAAGACAAUUUUAUGGAAACAGCAGAAAUCAAAACUGAGGUUGAAAAUGAGAUUGGAAAUAUGGAAGAAGAAAUAAAAGGCGUAAGCCUGAAACAGCUGGCCAAGCUGAGAAGUUCAGAAAGGCUGCAAACGAUAUUAACUGAAAUGGAUCACUACCAGAAAAUGAUGAACGACAAGAGCAGUAUUGUCGGCCCUCUAGAGGCAGAUCCUGAGUAUCAGUUGAUUGUCGAAGCCAAUAAUUUGGCCGCUGAUAUUGAUUCCGAAAUAGUUAUAAUACAUAGAUUCGUCCGUGACAAGUACUCGAAAAGGUUUCCCGAGCUGGAGUCGCUAGUGGUCCAGCCAUUGGAGUACAUGAUGUCUGUCAGAGAACUGGGAAAUGACCUAGAUCAGGCCAAAAACAAUGAGACGUUGCAGCAGUAUUUGACACAGGCUACCAUAAUGGUGGUAUCAGUCACAGCAUCCACCACUCAGGGGCAAAUAUUGAACGAACAAGAGCUGCAAGAGAUCCAGGAGGCGUGUGAUAUGGCCGCGGAACUGAAUACGUUCAAGUUGCGUAUCUACGAGUACGUGGAGAGCAGAAUGACUUUCAUUGCGCCCAAUGUAACCGCCAUUGUUGGAGCAUCUACCGCUGCUAAAAUCCUAGGUGUUGCUGGAGGGCUAUCAAAGCUUUCCAAGAUGCCAGCUUGCAACGUGUUGAUGCUUGGAUCACAGAAGCAAACUCUGUCGGGAUUUUCUCAGACAGCCUCUCUGCCACACACUGGAUUCAUCUACUAUGCCACCAUUGUACAGGACACUCCACCUGAUCUGAGACGGAAAGCGGCAAGACUGGUUGCUUCGAAAACGACGCUGGCGUCGCGUGUGGACGCCGCACAUGAAGCCAAACGAGGAGAAGUCGGCAUCAAGUUCCGCGAAGAAAUCGAGAAGAAAAUCGACAAACUAACCGAACCCCCACCAGUUAAGUUUGUGAAACCCCUUCCGAAACCAAUUGACCCAGGCCGGAAGAAGCGCGGAGGCAAGCAUGUCCGAAAGCUGAAGGAGAGAUACGCCAUGACCGAGCUCAGAAAGCAGAACAAUCGCAUGAAUUUCGCUGACAUAGAGGACGAUGCCUACCAGGAGGACCUUGGCUACACGCGGGGCACCAUCGGCAAGACGGGCACGGGCCGAGUGAGGCUGCCGCAGGUCGACGAGAAGACCAAGGUGCGCAUCUCCAAGACCCUGCAGAAAAACCUGCAAAAGCAGCAGCAUGUCUGGGGAGGCAGCACCACUGUCAAGAAGCAGGUCUCCGGCACAGCAUCCAGUGUUGCGUUCACGCCGCUUCAGGGAUUGGAAAUAGUGAAUCCACAGGCUGCCGAGAAGAAUGUGGGGGAAUCUGAUGCGAAAUACUUCUCAAAUACAGCAGGAUUCGUUAAUUUGCAAAAGAACUGAUAAUCGGUAUCAACACUGUAUGUGAUUAUUUUUAUUUUUAACGAUUAGUGCUUAAAAAUGCUUCAAUCUCAUGUUCUAGAAAUAAAUUAUAUUGAAACAUUGAA